CGUCCUUACCAUCUUUCGAUUACUCUUCUCCUUUGCCUAGAGCUAUUACAUAACCUCCAACACCACACCACAACAACACACUCAGCCAGCAUGCCCCGAUCCUCUCGAUCUUCUGCCCGUCCCUCAGCUCCCUCCCACUCCUCUGCCUCCCAGACCCGAGGCGCCCACACCGCCGCUUACCCUGCUCAACAUGCUCCUGCCCCACCUCAAACCGCUCACGUCCAGCAACAACGUCAGCCCGGUCUUCUCGCCCAAGCGGCGUCUACCAUGGGUGGCGCUGUCGCCGGUUCCGUCGUCGGACACGGUAUCUCCAACAUGAUCUUCGGUGGAAGUGGACACCAGGCUGCGCCUGCACCUGCUGCCGAGCAGGCUCCUGUGAACCAGCAGCAAUUUGGCGCCAGCUGUGAUAUCCAGGCCAAGGACUUCACCAAGUGCCUCGAGGCUACCAAUGGUGACAUGCAAUCUUGUGGCUAUUACCUCGAAGCUCUCAAGGCCUGCCAGGCUGCCGCUCGUCCUUAUUAAGGAGUCUUGGUAGCAGAGAAAGCCGGACUGAAGGGGGUCGAAGAAGAUGACCGGCAGUAAUGGCAAUUGCAUUUUUUUUUGGUCUUAACUAGCAUGAUAUGCAUUUAUUCACCUGGA